AUGGGAAAUUCUCCUUAAGCCUAACCCACAUAAGUGAGUUAAAUAAGUAUGGUCUAAAGUAAUAUUUAAUAGAUUAAGCACAAUAGAAGCCUUAUAUCAAAAAAUAUGAAAUUUAAGUCAUAUAAGAGUCUAAAGGUAUAAUUCAUUAAUAAUUUUUUUAGGGGUUUAGGUUGAAGUAGAAAACUAGGAACAAUCUAUAGAAAACAGUGAACAAAAAAAAGAAAAUUAGGAAUUAAUUGCCGAAGUGAAUAAAGGCUAUGAUGAUCUCUUUAAGGAAAUGAACAAAGUGAUACAAAUAUAAUAUAAACCUAGUUAAUUGAGCUAUUAGAUGAUUUUUAGAAAGACCUAGCAAAUGAUAAUUGAAUAUUAAACCUUUAUC